AUGAAGUUCUCCAGCGCCUUCCUCGCGACGGCCCUGGCCUUCGCUACCAGCGUCGUGGCAGCACCCGACGGCAGCGCGUCUGGUGUGCUCCAUCCGAUCGCACAGGAUCACAACGAGCAUCACGGAGAGCAUGGGCAUGGUGGGCCACAGCUGCCUGGUUUGAAUUACGCCAUCGACCGCAACUACACUGCCGACGUGCACUACGAGAAGAUUGACAUCUCGCUGACGAGUGCGGCCUUCUUCCACCAACUGGCGGUCGUCGACGUGAAAUACAACGCCGCAGGGACGGUCUACGCCAGCCAGGAGCACAAAGUGUUCGUGCCGUACCACCCUGACUGGACCCUGGUCAACAGCUGGGAACCGGGCUACUGGCCCAACGGGCAUCUGCGCGUCGACUUUUACACACGCUUUGAUCCGAGGGACUGCGCCCUGGAGGUCAAGUGGAAUCUGUCCGGGUCCGGAGCCGUGCUGGAGAAGCUGCAUCAGGUUGUCGGGCCGGAUCGGAUUGGGGAUGAUGAGUUCCGGGGCGGCAUGGAGGCCCUUGGUGUCUGUGGUGGCCUUGGUGGGAGAUGA